AUGCCGUGCUGUCCAAGGAGCAGGAGGACCAGAUCGGGCACGGGUCGCGCGGGGGACGUCACCAUCCUGCCCACGCUCGUCAUCAACGACGUCCAGUACAGAGGGAAGCUGGAGAGGACGGCGGUGCUCAAGGCCAUGUGCGCCGGCUUCAAGGAGGGGACCGAGCCGCAAGUUUGCCUGAGCCAUGACAUGGAGACGAACGAGUGCCUGCAUCAGAACGGCGGGUGCUGGCAGGACGAGGCGACGAACAUGACGGUGUGCAGGGACACGUACCGGGGCAGGGUGUGCGAGUGCCCCAUGGUGAACGGCGUCCGCUACGAUGGUGACGGGUACACCCACUGCAAAGGUCGACUGCACCGCCACACGAAGUUCACAGGCCAUAGCUGCGGACGGACAAAAUUCCAACUGUACUGCAACCCCUCAAGAUCCACAGUGGCCAAAGAUGGCGCUCCACAGUUGUUCGGUGUAAUGCCUAAGGAGCAAACAAUGUCUCUCUCACUUUUGUUUUUCGAAAGACCUACCUAUCACUGCACCUUAGGUCCACCACCUACAGCCGGCGCCGCAGUGCCUCGACCAUUCAACUAUGCCACCUCAGCAGUUCAAUAUAUAUUGGAGAAGAAGAAAAAACAACAGUAG